AUGAAAAGAGAUUGUCGGAUUUGUCAGUUGGGAGCGGAGAGCGGUGGGAUUGAGUUGGGGUGUUCCUGUAAGGACGAUUUGGCGAUUGUCCAUAGACAAUGCGCAGAGACUUGGUUCAAGAUCAAAGGUGACGAGAUUUGUGAGAUAUGCCACUCGGUGGCCCGGAACAUCGCCGGAGCAAACGCAAUCACGGCGUCUCCGGAGGAACAGGAGACGGUGGCCAACGGCGGAGCCACGGUGACGGUGGCUGGAGGAGGGAGUCAGCCGCCGGAGAGUCCGAGCGUAUGGCAAGGCCAACGCUUCCUUAACGUCCUCUUGGCGUGUAUGGUCUUUGCCUUUUUCAUAUCAUGGCUUUUCCAUUUCAAUGUAUCCUCCUCCUGAACACACGCAUAAACAUAUACGCACA